AUGGUUCGACCCUGCCCUCCCUCCCUCCGGGACCCCGCUCUCUUCGCUGGCCCGGCUGCCCGACUGCGGACGGAGGGGACGGGGCGCCCUUCCUACAGCCCGCUGCCUGGGACCAGGAGCUUCACGGUCCCCACAGUCCUCGCCACAUCAUCCAGAUGUUCGAGGACGACGCUCUUCUACCCGUCAAGUGGCCUGUACUAA